AUGUUUCCGAUUUCAUCACCCAAACUUAUACAGGAGAAGGAUUGUAAACUUCUUCGAAAAUUAAUAAUAUGGCCGAUUGGCAUCCGUAUAUCCGGUUCGUUAUUACUGCUUGCUUGCGUUAUCUUUUAUACAAGUGGUAAAUCAAACAUGUGGGGACAUGGUUUGCAGUUGGAUAAAGAGGAUGGUUCGUAUGGAAAAGUACAUGUUGGCUUGAAUGAAAUCUGCGAUGAAAAUGAUGUAUGUGAUGAAAUACCGGAUGAUUGUUCAACAUUUGAUUCUCAUGGAAAAUCAAAUUGUUUAAGAUCGAAAGUAGCAAGAAAUAGUCUAAUGGCUUCAGUUAUAUUGUCAGGAGUGGGGGCUCUUUGGUUGUUAACGUUAACCAUGGGUGCGAGAAAACAUCGACAACUUGUAAUGGUAUUUGAUGCGUUUGUGGCUUUCUUGCCAGUUAUUUCGGCCUGUGUCGGAUUUGGAUAUGGAGUUAAACAUGCAACGACAUUAUCGGGAUUUAAAAUGGGGAUAGGCGCCGUUUAUGCACUAAUUGGUGGUUUUCUCUGCUUGAUAAGCACAAUAAUUUGUGCUGUGAUUGCCGUUUUGGAACGAAACAAAGUAGAAGUACCCGAACUACCAGUUGCAACAGAUGAACAUGUUGAUGAUAAUACUUAA